UUAUUUCACCCGCGAUAAAUUUAGUUCCAAAAUCAGCUGAUGCAUGUUUGUUGAUAAACAGAAAACAGAUUCAGACAAUUCCCAGCUUGACAUUCACACUUUGAUAUUUUAAACGGCACUUACACUCAAUGGAGGAAAAGCCGUCUGAUCAACCUUCCAAUGCAUCGCCAGGUCCAGGGCGAGGUUGGAACGACCCUCCUCUGUUGCCGCCUGCCAACGGAAUGAGCCCCAGCACUGGUGCCAUCAAGAAGUCUGGCAGGACCCUGAACAAAAGGGUCGCUUUCCCUUUGUCUGGCAGCGCCAACCAGUCACCAAACAAGGCGCCGUUGAACCUGGCUGCUCCAUCUCUAAUGCCCCCGACAGUUGCACUGCCCCCCAAGGCUAUCGACGCCGAGGGCGCCUCUGCCGAGAACUCUGAGCAGGAUGAAUCUUUAGAUCUUAACGCCACGCUUGCAAAUUUCGAGCGAGUUUUGGAGUCUACUUCGAAAUUUGGCGGCAAGGCAACUGUCCACGCGGAACUAGAGAGCAUCAAGUCAAUGUGGGAAAAAGAGCAGCUUAACGACGAUGUCUGCUUGGCCAUCCAGAGGCUGUCUAAAGCUCUGCUGGUGAAAGACACGAAAAGCGCCCAGGACUCACUGAGCGCGAUUUCCAAAAGUCUGGUGGCGCGGCAUGACACUGUUGAAUGGUCCAGCGCACUCCGAUCUCUCGUCAACCACUUUGCCCUGGCGUCUGUCUACGGUGAGCCAACUGAUAAUUAAGAAUCGAAAACUUCAGGGCCUUGGAGGUUCUCUUCAUAUAAUUUGUAUUUUUUAUCGUAAUUUUCCAUCUAGAUUAUUUGUCGGGGCCUUAAACUUUCCAAGAUCGGUGAUUUAUUCCUGAGUUUUUAGUUGCACCAAUCAGGCAGAAAUUGAACCUUUUUACCUCUUGAUUUAGAUAUAUUUUCUAUGACUAAUCUAUGGGGAAAUUUUCCAUUUCAUUUUAAAAAUAAUGGCUAUACUGGGGCCUCAAGAAGCCUUAAGUAUCAUAUAAUUAACUGGCAUUAAAAAUAAAAUGACUUUUCUUCAACAAAGCUGGAGGGAGGUAAUCAAUUUCAGGCCCCCAAUAUCACAAGUCCCAUUGGCGCUAAAUUUUAUUCAUUCUCAAAAUAAUUUAAUGAUUCACCCGCCAUUGCGAACAAUGAAAUGUAAUGUUAUUAAGGUAACCCGGUGCAAUAUGCGACGAAUUAUUUUUAAAGUUCAAUCUUGUUUUUCGCCUUAAAUUGUAUCAUUGUUGAUUCAAUUCCGUGCUUCAUUGAAUGUAGCUAGCAUGUUGGACGUAAAUAAACAUUUGUGAUUUAGAAAAUGAAACAA